AUGGACUUAAGUAUUGUGAAAAAUUUAAAAAUUCCAGUAACUUGUUCACUAGCCGUGGGAAGAAAUGUCCCAACCUAUAAUUCUAAUGCUACUACUUGUUCAGAAAUAACAAAGACAGCAUUCGAUUCUCACCCAGAUUGUUAUGUUAACUCUGGCUUGUGCACUAUUCCAAAAGAUUGGUAUAAUAUAUUUGCCACUAUUGGUGUCCAUGAGUUAUUUGGAAAUAAAGAAACUUUUUUGUCAAAAGUACUUUCUACAACUUUCUAUAGACAAUGGUUAAUGGAGAACUUCUUAGAGAUGCUGGACACAAUUGAUAGCCAUCAAAAGAAGUAUGUUGAGGUUGAGGCUGAGAAUAUUGAAGUUAAAGCUGCAAAUGCAAAAUUAAAGCAACCUUUAAAAGGAUAUGAAACCAGAUUCAUGAAUCUAAAGCAGAGUGAUAAAGAAAAGACCAACCUUAUCACUAACAUGAGCAGAGCAAUAAAGAAAAAAAACUGA